UCUGUCUCUCUCUGUCUCUGUGUGUGUCCAGAUAAUGAGAAGUUGCUAGCGGACUGGGGCGCUCCCUUCAUCUCAGCCUGGAGGAUCACACACAACUACAGAGUGUGGUUCAUCAACAAGCACCCAGCCAUGGCCGAGAUCACCCCAGGUCAUCCGUUCCAAGGACAGUACAGUGCUGCUGAUCUGAAAUUAAGAUUCUCACACUCGGUGCAGAACAGUGAGCGUGGGAAGAAGAUGGGGGCAGCUGUCAUCACCACCAGUCGGAGUGUUGUGCAGACUGGGAAGGCAGUAGGUCAGUCGGUGGGUGGAGCGCUGAGCAGCGCUAAGUCAGCCAUGUCCUCCUGGUUCUCUACGUUGGCACCGCCAGCUAUCGUACCCACUCCAGCAGCCUCACCAGAGCCUCGGUUACCUACAGAGACCAAGCCUUGACCACCUGCCUGUCCGCCUCACCCCCAGUCUCUUCUCACAGCAGCUGUCUAGCGGGAGAGACUAGGGUUAACCUACCCCCCCCCCUCCUCUGACUCCUCUGACUAGGGUUAACCUACCCCCCCCCCUCCUCAACAGUC